UCAUCAUUGCGCAUCAAAACCAGGAAGCGCAGAGGCAGAACAGUCGAGAACAGAGUGAACAGAAACACUGCAGAGUUUGAGAGCACUGGGAAUAUUUUACGGCGUUUUUAAAACAAGUAGAAAUAUCUUAGAUUGUAUUAAAGCCCCGAACGGUUUUUUCUGAAAAACGAAAACGACGCAGUGAAAGAUGUCCCAGGACUCCUCUACGCUGAGGGAGGAAGGAAACAACCAUUUUAAAGCCGGUGAUGUGCAACAAGCUCUCAGCUGCUACACCAAAGCUCUAAAGAUCAGCGACUGUCAAUCUGAGAGUGCGGUUCUGUACCGCAACCGAGCAGCAUGCUAUCUUAAACUUGAAGACCAUACCAAAGCAGAGGCAGAUGCCACCAAAGCUUUGGACGUGGAUCAAGGUGACGUCAAGGCCCGAUUCCGUCGAGCACAGGCUCUGCAGAAGCUCGGACGGUUAGACCAGGCGUUUACGGACGCUCAGAAAUGUGCACAGCUGGAACCCAAGAAUAAAGCUUUCCAGGACCUGCUUAGACAGCUAGGAGCACAGAUCCAGCAGAAGGCAGCACAGCUCUCCUCCACAGACUCACGAGUUCAACAGAUGUUCAAACUCCUUCUGGACAGUUCAGCGCCAAUUACAGACAGACAGAAGGCUGCUCAGAAUCUGGUUGUGCUUUCACGGGAGGACGCAGGCGCUGAGCAGAUCUUCCGAAAUGAUGGAGUCAAACUCCUCCAGAAUCUUCUUGACUCCCAGCAGGAGGAUCUGAUCCUUUCUGCUCUCAGAACUCUGGUUGGCCUGUGCACCGGACACCAGUCAAGGACCAUGGCCAUUGUGAACGAGGUGGGCAUGGACAGAUUGUGUGGCGUCAUGGGUUCUGCUGCUUCCACCGUGUCUCUUUCAGCAUGCCAUCUGAUCCAGGUGAUGUUCGAGGCUCUUACGGAGGGCAUGAAGAAAGAGAUCAGAGGGAAGGAUGAGGCCAUACUGCCAGGUGAGACACCAGCCUUCACUUUGAGAGGCUUGUGCAAGCUUGGCUCCGCUGGAGGCACUGAUUUCAGCAUGAAGCAGUUUGCAGAAGGUUCAACACUUAAACUCGCCAAGCAGUGCAGGAAGUGGCUCUGCAACGAAGCUCUUCCCCUAACAUCCCGGCGAUGGGCUAUCGAGGGUCUGGCAUACCUCACGCUGGACGCCGAUGUGAAAGAGGACCUGGUGGAGGAUAAGAAAGCCCUUCAGGCCAUGUUUGAGCUGGCUAAGUCUGAAGACAAAACAGUGUUAUACGCAGUUGGAUCGACGCUGGUUAACUGCACCAACAGCUAUGAUGUUGAGAAGCCAGACCCUCAGAUGGUGGAACUAGCUAAAUAUGCUAAACAGCACGUACCUGAGGAGCAUCCAAAGGAUGCUCGGUCGUUUGUAGAAAAGAGAGUGGUGAAGCUCUUGGAGGCCGGGGUGGUGUCAGCGUUGGUUUGUAUGGUGAAACAAGAGAGUCCCGCCCUCACAGAGGCCUGCAGAGAGUGUAUCGCCAGGGUGAUUUUGGCUCUGGUGGAGAGACAGGAGGACAGAGGGUUAGUUGUGGCACAAGGAGGAGGAAAAAACAACCCAACCAUCAAAACCACAUUUCAAUCCCACAGGCAGAAGAUCAUCAAGGAGAAAGCUGUGCCUAAAAUAGAGGGCUACAUGUUUGAGGAUCACGACAUGGUCCGUGCUGCUGCCACGGAGUGUAUGUGCAAUCUGGCAUUAAGCACUGAGGUGCAGAAGUGUUACUUGGCUACAGACAGUGACCGUCUCAAGCUUCUGGUGCUCUACAGUGGUGAAGAUGAUGAGCGGCUGAGGAAGGCUGCGUCAGGCACGCUGGCCAUGCUGACCGGAGAGAUGCCCGAGCUGUGUACACGUAUUCCUGACACAACAAGCCACUGGCUGGAGAUCUUCCAGGCUCUGCUGCUCGGUGAAAGUCAGGACCUGCGGCAUCGUGGGGCGGUCAUCGUAAUGAACCUCAUGCAGGCCGACAAAAGUCUGGCAGAGAAACUGAUGGAGAGCGAGGCUCUGGAGAUCCUCUCUGUCCUGGCUAAAGGAGACGAUCCCAAACAGGCCUCCAUUCAGAAAGCCGCCCAGCGCUGCCUGGAUCUGGCUACUGAGUACGGCCUCAUUCGGAGCAACGAGGACGGAAUCAAUGGUAAAACCAUGUGAUGCAGUAUAAGGGAGUGUUUUUUUGGUGGUUUAAAGCCUUGUCCGCUAUGGGUAAAAACAUAGCACACAUUUCAUACUGUCUACAGAGACCAAAUAUUAAGUUUAUUCACUUCCAUUCCGUCACGUG